UCUCGUUCGUGGCGUAGCUGCUGCACGGCUGGGUGUUGCUGUAUUCUUAUUAUUGUUUUUCUAGGAUUUCUGGCCUGGUCUCGGAGUCCACGAUGUACCACAACAGCAGCCAAAAGCGGCACUGGACUUUCGCAAGUGAGGAGCAGCUGGCGCGACUGCGGGCCGACGCCAACCGCAAAUUCAAGUGCAAAGCGGUGGGAAACGGGAAGGUUCUUGUAAAUGACCCUGUCUUUCUUGAGCCCUACGAAGAAAUGACGCUCUGCAAAUACUAUGAGAAAAGAUUAUUGGAAUUCUGUUCAGUAUUUAAGCCAGCAAUGCCACGGUCUGUUGUGGGUACAGCUUGUAUGUAUUUCAAGCGUUUUUAUCUUAAUAACUCAGUAAUGGAAUAUCACCCCCGGAUAAUAAUGCUCACUUGUGCAUUUUUGGCCUGCAAAGUAGAUGAAUUCAAUGUGUCUAGUCCCCAGUUUGUUGGAAACCUUCGGGAGAGCCCUCUGGGACAGGAGAAGGCACUGGAACAGAUUUUGGAAUAUGAACUACUCCUUAUACAGCAGCUUAAUUUUCACCUUAUUGUCCACAAUCCUUAUAGACCAUUUGAAGGCUUCCUCAUUGAUAUAAAGACUCGCUAUCCCAUGUUGGAGAAUCCAGAGAUUUUAAGGAAAACGGCUGAUGACUUUCUUAAUAGAAUUGCAUUGACGGAUGCUUACCUUUUAUACACACCUUCCCAAAUUGCCUUGACUGCCAUUUUAUCUAGUGCCUCCAGGGCUGGAAUUACUAUGGAAAGUUAUUUAUCAGAGAGUCUAAUGCUGAAAGAAAACAGAACUUGUUUGUCACAGUUACUGGAUAUAAUGAAAAGCAUGAGAAACUUAGUAAAAAAGUAUGAACCACCCAGAUCUGAAGAAGUUGCUAUUCUGAAGCAGAAGUUGGAGCGAUGUCAUUCUGCUGAGCUUGGAUUUAAUGUAGUUACGAAGAAGAGGAAAGGCUAUGAAGAUGAUGAUUAUAUAUCAAAAAAAUCCAAACAUGAGGAGGAAGAAUGGACUGACGAUGACCUGGUAGACUCUGUCUAACUAUUUGAAUUCGAUGUCAGUGCUAACUAAUCAACAGGAGUAGGAAGCAUAUCUGGCAUUUAACUUUAUUUAAAAUAUGAAACAACAAAUACAUUAAACUUUUCUACUUGUUAUUUAAUUUUUUUCCUUUCAUGGAAGCUUUAUGUAAAAUAAAAUUAUCUUCAAGAGAGCCAAAAU